AUGCUUGCUGUUGUGCAAGCUAUCGCCCAAGCGGCGUCCAUGGAGAGCUUGUUGGGGACCCUUCAGGCGCAGCUGGGGGACGAGAUGAGUGGUCGCAAAGAGUUGGAGGCGGCGCACAUGGCCAUGGGGAGCAAGUCUGCUACGUUGGAGGGCAAGUAUGUCGAGUUGAUUGCCAGCCGUGCGCGGGAGUGCCAGGCGCAUGAGGAGGCUUUGAAGGCAACCGUGUCGAGCUACAAGGACUCCAAGAGGUUUAACAUUGUCAAUGGCGUUGCUGUUGGACUGUUUUACCUGCACGAAGAAUGGGAACAUGUUGUGUUUCACCGCGACAUCAAGUCCAGCAACGUCUUAAUCGAUGGAGAUAUGAAUUCCAGAUUAGGCGGCUUCGGGUUGGCAAGGUUGUAUGACAUGGUGACUGGUGAGAACUCACACACCACAUGUGGCCGGAGACGAAGAUGGGGAGGGAUUGGUUUGUUUAUUUAA